AAUCAAAUCAGUUUACACUUUGCGAUCUAGUCUUUGUUUUAUCAUGACUGAUCUUUGUCGUCGUGCAUUUUAGUACGUCCCAUCAAAUUUUGACGAAAUCGCAAAUAUUACGGCCUUUUAAAACAUGUAUAAGUGUAAAACUGAACUUCGCUCCGAAUCGUUUUUCGUUACCAAUGGUUUAUAGUUGGUUACAUCCUUACAGGUAUUAAAUAAAUAAAUUUUUGUAUCCCACCUUCCCCACUGCACACCUUAUAACAAUGGCCGUACCCGUACCCACUAUUAGCUCUAUAUUAUUAUUUUGUUUUCAAUCGAUUAUACGUUUGAUGCCGAUCACGAAUCUGCCGAAAAACAUUUGCCGAACGUCCGGGAGGGAAUGGGCGUAAUAGACAUUUGAAGACCGCGCCUAAUGCAAGGAGCCGAGAUUCAAAAAUCUGAACACACUAUUCGGAUCGGGUUUCGCGUCAGGAUUGGCCACUACUCGCCCGGGAAAUCGCCAUAACCGUAAUUGGUAAUCCGUCGCCGUAUACCUAUACAGAGCGACUAGACUCGGCCAAGGGGACGGGGACGUCGUUCCGCGAUAAAUUCGGAUGAGCCGAGCGGUGCGUUCUCGUGUAUAGGUACCCAAAUUAACGGUAACGCGUCGAGUCGUUGAAAUCUUCGCGACAAACAGCAAAUCGGGUAGCGCACAAAGUGCACCGUCGCAAGUAUCGUCAGGUAAAAAAAAAAAACAUUGAACUACCUAAGAAAACUAAAAAAAAAGGUACACCCGUCAUUCGAACGAGGAGACCGAUGAUGAUAAUGUGAACCCCACCCCGCCGCCGUAGUGUCAUUCAAGUGACGCGUAUCCCGACAACCGCGUUUGUCUUUUGAAAGUCGAAACAAUCAAAAUUUCAUAAAAACCUCUCGGUCGUGUUCAACUAUAGCUCGUCCCGGUUCGGAAUAUACCUGGUUUAUCCGUGUACGCUUGGCCGUUGUCGAGAAAUCGUGCGAACAAAACGGACAAGAUUCGAAGUUAGACGAAAACCUUUACGGAAAAAAAAAUGCGAGUUGGGUUUGCCGCAAUUGUCGACACUCGGGGCCACAAUCGCGUUUACAUAGACUUCCGUCGGCCAACCGACGACUCGCAUGCGUCAAAAUACAAACGCCGCGUCACAGAUGGCGUGUCGCUUGUACACCGACUUAUUAGUCUGACGCAUCGGUGUGAAUGAUGAACGUCUGUGUGCACGAUCGUUAUUCAGACGAGGUAUUACCAUAGAUUAUACGCGAUAUUAUGGACAUGAAAAAAAAAAUAGGAAGGACCAUGACGGACGGGCAGGUACACAUUUCAAUGUCUACAAUGUAAUAAAAACGCGACGCCUCGCGUUACGCGCGAUAACCAAACGUCUAUAACUCCUGAAAUAAGUUCGUCCGGUAAAUUUUUUUUUCGCAAAAUCGUUAUCAGCAUUAUACGUAUUAUCGAUUAGAAAAAAAAAAAAAAAUCGAAAAACAAAGGGUACCCGGUAAUCUAGGUUUACGUCUAAUUUUUGUAAUUUGUUGUAUUUUUGAACACCCGGACGCCCACCCAUCCGUUUCCUUGUUAGUCUGCUUGAUUUAAAUACAAAUUGGCAUAUUAUCUCCGCGGCGCUACUGCGGCGUAUACCACAGAUUAAAUCUAUAAUCUAUAAUUGUGUUUGACUCAUAUCAGGCGAUACAGAAUAGAUGAUUUCGACAUAUACCGCGGUUACAAUGUUAUUUUGUACUUUUAUAAUAUAGAUUCCCCUAUGAUUUCGGUUUCAGUUUUAUAAAAAUUCGCGUAAUUUCGUUUAAACGUUAAUGAGCCCUCUGCCUUGGUGGCCGCAUAAAAAACGCUAACUAUCGGGUUGCGGGUGAACGCCGUACAGUAGAGGAAAAUACCCGAAGUACGUACGCAGAUUGCAGUCUGACUAACGAUCGCGGACCGACAUUAAUUAUUCGAAAUCGUCCGAUCAUCGCCUGAUCGCAUUUCGGAAACAUUCAAAUUUCAAGCGACCGAUCCGGAUUUGUCGGGUGUGCGAUGAGCGUUUGUCGUUCCGUAACUUUUCGGCAUCACUCCCCGCGGCCGUUCCCCCCGCACUCGACCCUUAGUGUGCCCUACUUGCCGUGCGCCAGUGAUGUAGAUGAAUUCAGCGGGCCUCGACAAUAACUACCAAUUAUUCAACAUUAUUGUUGUUAUUGUUCGGUAGGUACGUUCGUUUUCGGGUUAUUGACGACCGACCGAAGUCAAUGCCGUCGCACCGACAUCAAAUAGUUUUUGAUUUCGUGGUCAACGAAUUUGUGUACGCCGCGCAACGUUAACAACACGGAUUUGACACGUCCGACAAACACGGAUGUUAGCAGGCUACCUGCCCGAUUUCAAAGGUCCGUAGUGUUUUUUAAUCCGAUAAGCGUGUUUGCCCUCUUCGUUUUGAUAGGGUUCCGAUUUCUGACCUAUCGUUUUCUAUAGGCACCUAUUAUUUUGUUGUCGUCGUCAUACUAAUAUCCGUUCUCGUCUCUAGUAGCCGCCCGGGGCUCGAACAAAAUAUAUUGGUUAUGAAUAGCAAACAAUUAUUAUUCAACAAUCGUCGAAAUUAUAAUAUUACUAAUGACGUUAUUUAUUUUUUUAUUAACGCGGGCAAAGCACAAGAAGAAUAUCCAAAUAACACUAUAGUGUACAAUAUGCUAAUCGUACAAUAGUUACCUAUCAUUAUAAUUAAUAAAUAAAGAUCGGAUUUAUAUGUUUUUACAUAUCGUUACUGAGCUGUGCAGUCUUAUGAGAGUAAAAAAUCCAUUGACGAUCCGUCCAAUUCUGAGGUUGUAGGAAAAAUUUUUUUUUUUGCAUAUUUGAGAAUAUUUUGUGAAUUGUGAAAAAUGUUUAGAAAAAAAGAUGUUUACAUUAUUUUGCAUAACUUAUUAGUAUUAUCGUGCUUAUUACCAUGUUAUUAUUACCUAUAUAAAUUAAUUCACAUUUUUGAAGUUUUGAUUGUGUUUAGUUAUCUAUAUAUUAAAAAUGCUAUAGUUUCACAUUUGUAUUAUUAAGUAAUAAUUGCAGAAACCAGACAAGCCCACUUUUAAAUUGUUUAGAAGAAAAAUUAUUUUGGACUUGACUGGAUUUUGUUCAUAAAAUGUUAAUUUAGACAUUGAAUUGUCUAUUUUAUUUAGUAAGAAUUUCUGGUGUUUGAACAUACUUAUUUUAAAUCCAGACAAGUUCAUUUUUCCUAUAUCUAUGUGUAUGUCAAUUGGACUUAUCUAGGCUAUAAUUGAAAGAAUUAAAUUCUGUAUUCAAAAUGCCAAAAACCGGGUUUCUCUAAAAGUAGACUUAUCUAAUUGUUGUUGCACAGAGUCCUUUAUUAUUUUAGUAUUUACUAAUUGAUUUUACAGGAAAUAUUGUAAUCAUGUUUAAUAAACACAUAGCAUAAGUUCACUUUUUAGUUUUUCUAGAAGCAGUCGCAUGUUUUUUCAAUUACUGUUUAAUUUUUUCUUUUUAGUUUUAAAUGUCAUUUUUAUUUAUAUUAUUUUAGAUUUUGUGGUAAUAACUGAUCACUAUGCCACCAUAUAAAUCAGUAAAAUGCUUGCAAUCUUUAGCGUUAGAACAGGUGUCCAAGCACAUAAUACAAAUUAGUUCUACAAUAAAAAGGCAUCCUAAUGGAUUUCGUGAGUAUUUCAUUAAAAAUGUGCACGCUUGGGCCAGAACUGACAUCUUGGAAUAUACUAAAGAUCUAUUACUGUGAGUUCAUUUUAUAUUAAUUAAUACCUAAUUGUUAUUGAAUGUAUUCUAAGUACAAUAACAUGAAAUUCCUAAUAACAUUGAUAAACAAAUAAAACAACUAUUUUAUUAUCUUAGUAAUUUGUUAAUUUGUAAUAAAAAUAAUGUAUGUGGGAAGAUAGGUUGAGUUGAUAAUUUUUAUCCAGAAAUUUAUUAGUCCUGGAUAAUUUGGUGCGAUAAUAUAUUGCAAUAUAUUAUAUAUAAUAUAACUGCUUUUUUUUUUUACCAAUUACCAAUAUUGAUCAUUUUACAUUAAUUUUUUUAGAGAUAGUGGUGAAAAAAGCCGUGUUAUUUGGGAUUAUCUGGAAAACGAUUUGGAAUUGUUGGAAUCAUUGAAAGAAGUAUUGAGUGCCAACCUUGGCAUAUGGUUAAUUAUAUUAAACACCAUGUUGGAUAUUGGUGUCGGUAGAUUGCCUCCUAUAUGUUUUCAUAGCUGUAUGGAAACAGAAUUUCAUCAAUUUCUUACAAUAUUAAAUAAUUCCAAUGUUCAUCCCAAAGAAUUGAAUGUGAAUUUUCGAGUAAGUUGUAUUCCAUUGUCGUUUAUGAAAAUCAAUAUCUUAUUUUCUCAUUAGAUGUCAAGUAAGAACGAUUAUACAACAGCAGUGUAUGCUUCAAUGUAUACUCUUCAAUUAACAUUAGAUGAAGGUCUUGCAUCAAAAGUAGUUUUCCUCAAGCUUAUAGCUGUCUGUGAUAAUUCUAUAUUGAAAGCUAUCGGUGAACAUGCCUUGUGCUUAAAAUAUUUAGAUUUAUCUGGUUCAUGGAAUGUUGACGAGAUAGGCCUACAAAAUUUGUUGUUUAAAGUACGUACUUACUUAACUUAUUAUAAGUAUAAUACUAAUGUGAUUGUUGUAUUUUUAGAAUGACAUGUGUCUGGAUACAAAUAGCACAUCUAACGAUAAACUCUGUCAACAACUCAGCCAACUGUACGAUAACAAGUCAUUGUUGAAUCAUUGCUGCUUCACACUGGAGGAAUUGCGUAUUCAGGAUACUAAUACUGAAGUUGCCGGUUUACUUAUGAUUCUUGCGUGUGUCAAGAGUUUAAAAGCGUUGGGUGGUUUUCUGUAUUUUAGGUAAGACAAAAAAAAAAAAAAAGAAAACUUUUAAAAUAUUUAAUUGAUGAUAGUUAUUGUACGGUAUUCUUUCAGAAACAUUGGUGAUGCUCUGGUGUCCAUAUGGAAGAACUCACCAAAACCCCGAGUUUUCCAGUUGACCGAACUAUUUGAUAUGCAAUUGUCAGACAGUAAAAUUGCUAUAUUCAAGGAGUGUAUGCCACACCUUAAUAAACUAUACACUCGAUUGUCUUGUGUUUAUAAACCUCAAGAUUUCACAGAUCUAAAACAGGAUUCAAUGUUCUGGGGUCGUGUAAAGAUUCUCACUAUUGAUUUAGACUACAUGUCAAAUGAACAUUUCUUGAAAUUUUUGAAUAGUUUUGGAAACAAUUUGUCAGAGCUUAUUAUUCUAGACCAGGUAGAACAAAAUAACACUUCUUACUUUCUUGUAUGUAAUAGAAUAAGAGUUAUGUGUGAAUCAAAAAAUAUAGAUGUGAAAUGUGACAAUUUCAUUUAAUUGCAAUGAAAGUUUAUAUGAUCUACUUAUUGCUUCUGAAAUGGCCUUUAAUGAAAUACCAAAUGUUUGUUUCAAUAUCAUAAUUAUACUUACAUACAAAGAUAUAGUAUAAAUCACUAGGCAUGUAUUUUUAGUUCCAUAUACAAUCAUUAAAUUUUAUUUAAUUAUUUAAUAAAGAUAAUGAUUGCAUAAUGACAUCUAUGGUUUUUUGGUUGAUGUUUUUCUUACGUAGGUUUAUAAUUAUUAAUCUUACUUGGACAUAUUUUUUUUAGGGGGAAAAUCAUGCGAGGUGAAAUAGUGUAUAUUGAAUUUUUUAUGGAAUUAACACUUGUUACUUGUACUUUUUAGGACGCCUAAAUUCCAAUUUCAAAAUUCAAAAUCUUUUAGCUUAAGAUUUCAGUUAUAUUUAUAUUUUCUAGGAAACUGGUAUUGACGUAGAUAAACUGUUGACAAUUUGUCCUAAUUUACUGGUGCUUAAAGGAAGUUUGGAUAUUUAUAAUAUGCCAGUUGACCAGUUUACAAAACUGAAAUCAAUUGAAUUGCGAAAUUCUACUAUUGAUGCUAUUGAUUGGAUUUUCGAGAACUGUCCUUGUCUAGAAGAAGCGAGAGUAUGUGCAUUGUUUUUGAAUUAUAAACUGAAUAUAUUCCUAAUUAAAUCAAUGUUUUAUAGCUGCUAAAUAAUCCGAGAGACCUGAACUGGAAUUCACAAAUAUUUCAAAAACCAUCUUGGUAUAUGUGCAAUAACCUUAAACGAUUGGAGUUCAGUUUAAAUAACUCUAGCGCAAUAGUAAGUCUAAAUAUUACAUUAUGGCAAACAAUUUGUAUAGUUAUUAUAUAGUCGAAUGUUGAAUAUACUUCCUUUUUUCUUCUUUUAUAUAGACCGAAUAUUUGAGUAUCACAAGUUUCAUUGACAAGUGUUUGAAACUGCAACAUUUGGGACGUAUUGACGGUUGGUGUAACCCGCUAUUAAAUUUAAAAGUGAGAAACUAUGUAAAAAUCAUGAACUACGAUCUUAACCUUUACUAGAUGAUAAUAUUAUUUAAUUUGCCAACAAAGACUGAUAUAUUAGAUCUUAAAAUUAAAAUUUAUUUUUCGCUUUUUAAAUCCCAUGUAUAAAGUAUUUUUAUAUUAUUUAUUAAUUGUAAAACAAUUGUAAUUAAUAAUUAUUUAAUUUAAUUGUUAUUUUAUUAAACUUACUGUGAUGUAUUUGAAAUUAAUUUUAGACUAUAAAAUAUGUUUCAUAACAAUUUGUUAUUAUAUUAUAUAAUAAUUAAAUAGUAAAAAAUACAAAACAAAUGUGUACCUAAUAAAAUGUGAAAUUUUUAUUUUACACACAUGGUUUUGUUCAUUGGACUGCAACAUUCGAUAUACUGGCCAUGACUUUCUGCAAGAAUUUACUAUAUAUUUGGUAAUCUUCAUUUUCACAAUAGUCCUUGAUGUAGGUUAUCACUUUUUCCUGUAGUAUAAACAACAGAUUGGUAGCUUUUAUACAAAAAUCAAGUUUUCCUAAGUUUAUACCUUAUUCGUGUUUAUGUUUUUCAUAGACAAUUUCCAUAGGUUCAGGGCUAAUGUGGCCAUUUGUGUUUCGUUUAAAUCAGCUCGGACGACAACGUGUACAAAUAAAUUAAAUGCUAGUUCAGCCUACAAAAGC